AUGGUGCGUCGAUCGCAGCGCAAAGGAACCGCUGGGAGCGUCGGCAGCGAUGACUUUGCUGCAAAACUACGCAUCGACUUUGAUGGCAACCGUAAGAGCUCAUUGAAGCAGCAGCGCUUCUCACGAGAGUUCCGAUUCAAUGCUCAGUUGUCAUUACGAGUUGCUGUUGGAGUCCUGAUUGCAUCGGCCAUUCAGACUCGUGUCUCGGAUUAUGAUCCAUCCGAUGCCGAUGGGAAGAAGUGGGUGUUAUUUCCUUCGUGGUACUAUCUCGGCGGCUUGAGCUAUUGCGCGAUUGCUGUAAUAUUCACUACGGGGAAGACGAUUGGUAGCACGCUCAUGAUUGUGUGGCAAGCCUUUCUCGGCGUGGGUAUGGCACUCGUGUACAGCAUCAUUCUUUUCGCAUGUAUGGAUGUGCAUACACAAGAUACAAACGCAGACGACCCUUACGACGGCUACACUGAAAUUGACCAAGCUUUCUCCUCCAAUACCUACUGGGUGAAUCUACACGACUUCUACACAACGUUACCGUGGAUGAUAAUCUUCACGGUGGCCCUUUUGGUAUGUCCCUUUGCUGCGACGACCAAGAAAUUUGCCAUUGCCAAUAACCUCUACUUCAUUCUCACGAUAAUCAACCCGGCGGACCCAAUCGGAGGCUCAGGGCUUAAAACUUCUGAUGACCCAAGCUUCCGCACAGCAAAUAUUUUACACAACCUGGCGGUUUAUUUCCUGAUAGGAAUUGUCGGCUCGUUGGUUUCCCUUGUCAUCAUGUUCAUCCCAUACCCAAUCUUUGCGAUUAACCGACUGCGCAAGGAUUCUAAACGAGCAGCAGAAGACGUUCUUGACUUACUCAAUAUCAUCAUCGACUCGUACUGCUUUAAGAACAAGAACGUGGAUCACAUGAAUUUCCUCAAACUGAAGCUUCAGCGCAAAUUUGAUGCCGCCGCUGCCCGUCAUCGUCGCAUGGAAGCUCUGCUGGAUGAUGCGUGGUGGGAGCAGUCAUUUGGAUUACACUACUUGCUCGGCUUUCACCGUCCUAUCAUGUUUAAUUACGUGAAGCUUGUGGGUUCGUUGAUCUCGGACUUGCGCACGCUUAGCUACGCGAUGCAACUCGAGAAAUACGACCACCUCCACUUCACGUACAUGAAGGUGUUGCAGCGCGAGAUUUACAUUAUCCAGACGCGGUCGGGUGAUCUUCUUCAUGAAAUUGCGUGCGAAGUACAAUCGGCCUCACGGGAGGUGCGACUUGUGUCAAUUUCUAAACUCGAGGCUCAAAUGGAGACAACACUGCAUCGCUACCGUUCGACGCAGAAUCGAACACUGCGCUCGUACCCCGUUACACUCGAGGAAAUGGCGGGCAAUGUGCCACUGAAUAUUUUCCUCUUUUCACUCAAUUCCUUCUGCAGCACGAUGAUCGGCUUCCAGGAUAUUCACAAUAGGAAAAUCUACACGGACGCCCAUCGAAUCCGGUCAUUUCUCGUGACUUCGGUCAGGAAUUUCUUCAAGGUGGCACACUACACCAACGGACAUGCGAUGCUAAGUGCAUUCAGAGGCUCCGUGGCAAUUAUUAUCGGUAUCUUCUUAUCGGUUUACGUCUACGGCUUCAGCGCGACAGUUCCUAGCACGGUGGCAUAUGUGCUAGGGAACUAUCUUGGGGGAUCAUUCAGAGCGACAGUAAACCGCGUCGGUGGAGUCGUGGCAGGCAGCGUUGUACCCUCCGUGUUCCAGUAUUUUAUUGCUCAGAUCUGUGACCCACGGUACCUCAAUGUGGCUCUUUCGAACAUUGUCCUAUUCGUCUGGCUGUGUAUCUCCAUGUACGUCUGCUACGCUGGCGGGUACAGUUCGUACGCUGGUUUAGUAUCGGCUUUUGUAUCGACGGGGAUAUUGAUGCGGCAGUCGGACUUGUGCUACUCGAAUGCAUCGGACAACGCGUCAUCCAUCGCCAUCAGCUCGUACUCGAGCCUCGCACAGACCUCGGUAGGCAUCGUGCUGUUCAUCAUUGUGGAGCUUCUGAUCUGCCCCAAGAGCGCCAUGUAUUUGCUUCGACGGAACAUUAAAAAAACACUCAAGCUACAACUCGAAGCCUUCCAAGUGCUCUUCGGUCACCACUUGACAAAGUCCGGAACUAUGGACGCCCAGACGAUGGAGCAUCUCCGAGAGAUUCUACAAGUCAAGAUCCCUGCGAAACAUGCGCAACAAGCGUCUCUACUGGCGGAGGCUCAAGCCGAGCCGCUCAUGUGGAGACCUGCGUUCUCGACUCUGAAAUAUGAAAAAGUGCUCGAGAGCUCACGUCGACUACUGAACAACAACACGCUACUCUUUAAGCUGGUGCGGUGGUUCAAUUUCCGCGUCGAGCACAACCGAGUUGAGCUUAAUAGUGUCGACAUUCGGGACACCGAGGCUUCACUAGAGAGCAAGAGCACAAGUACAAAGUGGCAGCUCGCCACGAACCAAUUCCAGACUGCAGUGACCGACUCGUUCAAGACGUUGAAGAUGCUCUUUAGCGAUGCGUUUCUGUACUCGGAGCCGGACCAGACCGCCAUCUUCAUGCAGAUGAAAGAGGCCUUCCGUCUGGCAGACAAGGACUGUAGCGGCGAGAUCGACGCGGACGAAGUUGCAGACAUGCUGGAGACCAUCUUCGCCCAGUCUGGCGCGGUCAAGCAAGGCGAGAUCCACAAGUACGUAGAGGAAUUCAUGCGUGUGGUGGACAAGGAUAGCAGCGGCUUGGUGUCGUUCGAAGAGUUCGUCGAGGCGCUGGAGAACGGCCUCAAGCUCGAGGUGGAGGUGUACACGCGUCGCAAACCCAAGGCCCCGGCUCUGGUAGCCAGACGGGAGCAUGUGCUGGCAGCGAUCAAUGAGAACGAGGACGACGCGGGCGAUGCGAGCGAGAACGACGUACCGAAGGUCGUCAACGAAGCGAAGGUCAACAGUUCUCGAGCCGCGAUGCCGUCACGUGAGAGUUAUCGCCACUCGUCUCAAGCUUCGUCCGUUGAGAAGAGCAAGAGAGCCUCGUCGGCUGCGUCAUCGGCUCCUGCCAUGUGUCGCGAGCACGACGUUCUGAAUGUGGAGGAAUUCUCCAGUAGCGACAUCGCGGCGCAGAUGAAGACUGCGUACGUGGAAUGGCUGCUGGAAGAACGUCGGUACGAGAAGGUGUCGAUGGAGGAGCUCUUGCUACUCAACUGUCUUGUCAGUGGGGCGGAGGGUAUUGCCAAGAGUCUCACAGAGAUGGCCGAGAUCGUCGUUGCGUCCUAA